UAUAUAAUUUCAUUUAUAUAUAAAUAUAAGUGUAAGUUAAGUUCAUUGUAUACUUUAACAAGAACUAAAGACUGCUAUAACACGUUUCAGUUAAACAAGUGAGCAAAUAUGUUAAUAAAUACAUUUUUAUUGGUUUUGGGAAUCACUAUCGGUUGCCAUUGCCAAGAACAGACGCCGUUGCAGAAGGUUGUGAAGUCAGGUGACAAAUUCAAUGGCAAUCUGUACAAGGAACUCAUUAAUGCUCAGAAGGGUAAUUUGGUUUACAGCGGACUAUCAGCCAAUCUAGUUUUAUCUCUAUUAACCAGUGGUGCUAAAGGAGAUACAAAAAAUGAACUACUUCUGGGAUUAAACUUAGUCCAAAAUGACGAAGAACGCAACAACGGUUACAAACAACUAUCUUCUAGCUUAAAUGUUAACUCCAAAGACUUAAAAGUACUCUCAGCCAAUAAGAUAUAUCCCGCUAAAGGUUUUCCUAUAGAAGAAUCAUUCAAGAAUACUGCUGUCAACGAUUACCAAUCUGAAGUUGAAAAUCUAGACUACCAAAAUAAAGAACAAGCUGCAGGUACCAUCAAUAAAUGGGUAGAACAAAAAACGAAUAAUAAAAUACAAAAUUUGAUAAACCCAGAUAAACUUAAACCCGAAACUAAAUUGGUUUUGGCAAAUACGUUGUAUUUUAGUGGGAAAUGGGCGCGACCAUUUGAUUUCACCAGGAAGGGAAUGUUCCACGUAACAGAAUCGCAAUCAAAAGAGGUUAACUUUUUACAAGGUACAUUCGAAGCCAAGUACAGACAUUGUGGCUUUUACCAAGCUAAAUUCCUCGAAUUAGACUUCCAAGGUGGGAAUAUUAGUAUGACAUUCGUUUUACCUGACAACAGAAAUGGUCUACAGAAAAUGGAAGAUGAUUUUGAAGGUGUAUCAGAAGUUCAUGCUAUGAAAAGUGGCAAUGUCGAAAUAUCAGUGCCGAAAUUCAAACAAGAAACUGAAAUUGAUUUCGUUCCAGUGUUCAAAAAGAUGGGUAUUCAAAAAAUAUUUACCAAUGGAGCUGAUUUAUCAGGCGUAUCUUCGAAACAAAACCUUAAAGUCGAUGCUAUCCCUCAAAAAACUUUUAUUGACGUUACGGAGACAGGAGUAGAGGCUGCAGCAGCAACUGGUGUUCAUGGUGUUCCAACAUCUCUAAUCAAACCUGACUUUAUCUUUAACGCUGAAUCUCCAUUCUUAUAUUACAUUAGAGAGAGAAAUUCAGGUGCAGUUCUAUUUGCUGGAAGAUACGUAAACUAAAUUCGUUAAGGACCAAGAAGAAACUGAUGUAUUUAAUAAUAUUGACUACAAUCUGCAAUGUUUUAAUUUUAUGUGUUGAAUAAAAAUGAUUGCAAAUAUGUUUUUUUUUAUUUCUAGUGCAA